AUGGGGAGGUGUUCCCCCAAGAGAAGUUCCCCCAAGAGAGGUUGCACUGUAUUAGUUUCUAACCAGAAAUCAAACUUUUUUGACGAUAAUUUUGAAAAGUUAUCACAUAUAGGGAGGGGUGGGUUUGGAGAGGUAUAUCACGUGAGGCAUAUGAUUGAAGGGGAAGAGUAUGCGGUCAAAAUUGUUAAGUUCUUUGACAUUUAUGGCGAUCACAAAAGAAAGGAAAUUUUAAAAGAGGUCCAAAAUUUAGUUAAAUUACGUUCAGAUUUUGUGGUCAAUUACCGCAACUCAUGGCAUGAAGACAAUCAUCUUUACAUUCAAAUGGAUUAUUAUCCACAAAAUCUACAGAAGAUUAUCGAUAAUAAGCACACAGUCUUUGAGAGACAAAAGGGAGAACCGAUGAAAGUCUACGAAUAUUUUAUUUCUUGCGAAAUACUUAAAGAACUAUUAGAUUGUGUGAAGUAUUUACACGACUCGUGUCCACCGGUUAUCCAUCGGGAUCUCAAACCGACAAAUGUUUUGAUUUUACAAAAUAGUAAUAAUAAUCGGUUUCUAAAACUUUGUGACUUCGGUUCCGCCACUUUCCACGACAUGACAUCCAUGAGUCACACCCCUAAUGUCGGAACCGCACAAUAUAUGGCACCAGAAUUAUAUCAGUCUCGAUAUACCAUUAAGGCUGACAUCUAUAGCCUAGGAUGCAACUUCUCUAUAGUGAACGGCCAGUUGCACGACAAAAGUGUUCAUUAUAGGGAGGGUACAUCCAAGGCAGGUUCGAGUAAUAAUGUAAUGUUAAGCAACUAG